AUGGCGACCUUGCAGGAGAAGCUCGACAAGAUAAAAUCCCCAAAGCUGCAGAACCAGCACUCGACAGCUAUAGUUUUUUCCGCCGUCGAGGAGACCUUCCGCGAACAAAAGGCCGAUCCCACCGCGACCGCAUACUUCGCUGCCCUCCUAGGCUUACUUGGCCAGACCAUCAGUGCCACACAGGGCACCGUAGAUAAGGAACCGGUCACCUCAAUCGUCUAUCUUCUCGACAUCGUAUCGCCUUAUGUUCCUCCACCUUUACUCCGUGCAAAGUUCUCGCAAAUUCUGGCCGGUCUUGUGCCCGCCCUCACAUCACCCGAUGCCGAAGCGCCCCUACUGAAAUCUUCCAUUGGAUGUCUACAAUCUCUGCUCGUGGCCCAGGAUACAGCGGCAUGGGCUCUUCCUCAGUCCCAAAUCGGUCCGCGACGAGCGAUGGCGGGCUUGCUAGCUUUGGCUGUCGACCACAGACCGAAAGUUCGCAAGCGAGCGCAGGACGGCCUGGCUCAGGUUUUAAAACAUCCUCCUCCGAGCCCGUCGUUGGAUCAUCCAGCUGCAGAUAUGUGUGCAGAAACUGCUUUAGUUACGCUAAGAGAGAGCGUGGCGGCGGCUGGAAAGCACAAAAAAGGGAAACAUGCGCAUCUUCAGCAAAACCACCAACAUGAGCCGGCGGUCAUCCAUGCCCUGAAUUUGGUAAAAACGAUCGCGACGGCAUCAGGAGGAUGGCCCAGCAAAAAGAUCGAGGCCUUGUGCGAGUUAUUAAUGAAUGUUUCAAGGUCAACGAACGAAUUUCUCACGAUGGGUGCGUUUGAGGUCUUCGAGGUGAUUUUCGAGGGUAUGGCGGAUGAGUUUUCUUCAUCGAAAUUACCCCGUCUUCUGGAAGCUAUUCGAGAGUUGAAGCCUUCUCACAACGAUUCCCAGCUUCUUCCACCAUGGAUUGCAGUACUUUCGAGAGGCUACGAUGUUUCUGCUCAGGUACAUCCUGAAAACACCUUCGAAAAAUUACCGGAAUUGUUCGAUCUUGUGGCCUCCUUCCUUACAUCCCCUUCACAUAAUAUCAGAAUAUCAGCAUCAGAGUGCCUCAUUUCAUUCCUUGUUAAUUGCAUCCCGGCCAACGUCAUUGUCGAGCCAUCGAUAUACGACGAAAAGACAAUGGAGAAGCUUGCUAAAAUAGCGACGGGUCUCCUUUCUGUCAAAUACCAAACAGCUUGGGCGGAAGUAUUCAACGUGCUAAUAGCUAUGUUCGAAGCUUUAAGAUGGAGGUCCGAUCCUAUCCUGGUGGAGAUUGUACGAACCGUUGGCGGAAUUCGAUCAAACGAAUCUUUCCACGGCAAGAAGGAAGCAGAUAAAGUCCUUGGUGCCGCAAUUGGUGCUAUGGGCCCUGAAGCUGUGCUUAAAAUCUUGCCGCUGAACAUAACGCAACAGAAGGCCGGCGAACCGGGCCGUGUCUGGCUUCUACCCAUACUCCGAGAUUAUGUCUCUAAUACCCGUCUAGGCUAUUUCCGUUCUGAAUUCGUUCCGCUGAGUGAGGCCUUGUUCCAACGGGUGCUCGAAUAUGGCAAUGCGGAGAAGACCGUGGAAGUAAAGAUCUUUGAAACCCUUGUUCAACAAACAUGGGCAACUUUACCUGGUUUCUGCGAAUUACCGGUGGACGUUGUCGAGGCUUUUGAUCAAACAUUCGCAGAACUCCUAUCGAAUGUGUUAUACAAGCAAACCGAGCUGCGUGUGGAUGUGUGCAAAGGCCUCCAAAACCUGGUCGACUCUAACAAGGAGAUUGCCACUCUGGAAGCAGAAGAAGAUGACCUUCUCCUACAAAGACGGAUUACGAGAGAGGCGGCCAAGAAGAACAUUGCGCAUCUAGCUACCUUCUCGAGUAAUCUUCUUGCUGUUUUGUUCAAUGUUUAUAGCCAAACAUUGCCUCAGUUCAGAGGGUAUAUUCUCCAAUGCAUCAAUGCGUUUUUGAGCAUUACUCCAGAGCAAGAGUUAAUCGAAACUUUUACCCGAGUUACAACGAUGCUUGAGGCCGCCCUCAAAGAAAACACUCAGGAGCAAGCUAAACAAAAAAGCACCGGCGACAAGAUGCCUUCAACAUCGCACACAUUGAUGGAUCUCGUUGUUACUAUGUCUAUAUAUCUCCCGCGAGCAAGCUUCACAACGCUUUUCUCUCUCGCGGCUGUUGUGUUCAACACGGAAGCAUCAGACCCUCAGUUGAUUAAGAAAGCAUACAAACUCAUACCCCGUCUUGCAACAACCGAGAUUGGAGGACUGGCGCUUAAAGAGCGCAGUUCAGAGUUGCAAACCCUCUUCAUCUCGACUGCCGACAAAACCCCGUCUCCAGCUCGACGAGAUCGACUUCUGGCUUUUCAAGAAAUUAUCACUCACCUCCCCACUUCCGACCUUCACUUCAUUCCGUCUAUCCUCUCCGAGGUUGUCCUUGGAUGCAAGGAGAGCAAUGAGAAAGCCCGACUAGCAGCCUUUACGCUCCUAGUACACCUUGCCAAUCGUGUGAGUGACGCGGAACGUAAUCCUCCUGGUACUCUGAUUCGCAACUCUCUCGUUCCUCAUAUGGCGGACGAUGCCCCAGAUGCUCCGGCCACCAUUGAGGAGUUCUUCACUAUGGUUUCAGCGGGUCUAGCGGGCACCUCACCGCAUAUGGUCGCUGCGUCUAUCAUCGCGCUAUCGCGUCUCCUCUUCGAAUUCCAUACCAAAUUGACGCCAACUAUACUGUCAGACCUUGUUCAAACAAUUGACCUAUUCUUAACAAGUAAUAACCGCGAGAUCGUUCGGGCAGUACUUGGCUUCGUGAAGGUGGCAGUUGUCGUUACCCCCGAUGACCUCCUCAGGCCGCGUCUCGACUCUCUCGUGCCGAAUCUUAUGGUUUGGAGCAAAGAGCAUAAGGGUCGACUCCGAAGUAAAGUCAAAGGUAUUCUUGACCGAUUAAUGCGACGAUUCGGUUCGCAGGUCGUCGAAAGCCUAACUCCCGAAUCAGACCGCAAGCUCGUAGUCGCGAUCCGCAAACAGCGCGAGAGAAGUAGGCGGAAGAAGGAACAAAGCAAAGAAGCCGCCGAAGACGAGUCGGAUCAAGAAGAAGGCCAAACCCAGGCCCGCAAGACGGGCAAUUCAUUUAGCAAUGAAUUCGACAAAGCCGUCUACGGCUCCGACCUAUCGGACUCAGAUCUAGGUUCAGACUCCGACGACGCAAGCGAAAUCGAAAUUGACGGCGAAGGGAAUAUGCACAAACACAGCACCCGAUCCAAGGAUACCAAAUCUCAACCGACAUCAAGGCGACAAAGGGGUAAAUCCCACCAAGCAUCCGACCGAGGCGACGGCGCGCAAUACAUCCGCGAACUCUCACCCGAAUCCAAUCCUCUCGAUCUCCUCGCUCCCAACGCCCUGGCGAAUAUCUCUAGCACCAAACCAUCCGUACGCUUCCUUGACUCCGCGCGGGCGAAAAAGCGCUCUGCACGGGUCGAUGCGGAAGGUAGAUUACUCCUUGGCGACGUCCCCGACCAAGACGGAGAUACGCGCAUGGGCGGCGCGGAGGGCGGAGAAAACAUCGGCGAUGCGAUCAACGCGUAUAUCGCGGCGGUCAGCGGACCUGAUGCCGUGCGCAAGGGCCAAAAGGGUCGGUUGAAGGUCAGCCAGAGCGGCGUUGGGAAGAAAUCGGGAGAUGGGAUGGACGUUGAUUCUGACGGUGAAGGGAAGGGUGAUGGCAAGGUGGUUUCGGUAGGCGGAGCGGGGAAGAAUAGUGGACGGCGGGGACUUGGGGUUCCGAAGCGGAGUGGGAGUGGAGGGGGUGGGGCGGGAAGGGUUGAGAAGCGGCGGAAUGUUAAGGAGGGGAGGAGCGGAAGCGGGUUUAGGAGGAAGAGCGGAGGCCGGAAGUAA